AUGGCGAUGAUAGAGCUAAUAAUACUCGUGUUGCUCCGUUCGUGUCUUCUCUUCCUGCACGCGGACGCAGCAGGGCACCAUGGAGGCGUCAAUCUCGGGUCCCAGAUAGCGGCCCUCCUCCAGUGGAAGUCCGCCCUGCGGAACUCGUCGCCAGCGUUGGACUCGUGGCAGCAAGGGACGAGCCCGUGCAGCAGCAACUGGACAGGCGUGGCAUGCGCCGCCGUGCACCGUGGCCGCCGUGUGCCCCUUGCGGUGACCAAGAUCUCCCUGCCAAAUGCCGGCCUCGACGGCUACCUUGGUGAGCUUAACUUCUCGACGCUCCCAUUCCUCACACACAUUGACCUCUCCUCCAAUAACCUCCGUGGAGUGAUCCCGCUGGCCAUCACCUCCCUACCAGAGCUCUCCUACCUCGAUCUUGGCGCCAACUUGCUCCAUGGAAACAUACCAUCUGAGUUAGGCAACAUGGCAAGGCUUAGCCAGCUGGGACUCUGCUGCAACAACCUCACAGGCCGUAUCCCUGCAUCCCUUGGGAACCAAACGACACUAGUUACUCUCAGCACCGGACAAAACUUGCUCACUGGACCAAUCCCUGAGGAGCUCGGGAACCUCCCCGAUCUAGAAUUUUUGGACCUAGGCGACAACUUUUUAAGCGGUCAGAUACCUAAAAGCCUUGGCAACUUGACCAAACUAAACCUCCUCCACCUUUUCAGUAACAAUCUGUCAAGGUUCAUUCCACACGGGAUUUGUUUGCUUCCCAAUCUAAGCGAUCUCGAUUUGUAUUCGAACCUGCUAAGCGGCCCCAUUCCCCCAAGCAUGGGGAACCUUACUACGCUAAACCAUCUUAGCCUCGGUAAAAACCAGUUCGUCGAAUCCAUCCCCGCAGAGAUUGGCGCUUUGGUGCAUCUCCACACCUUGUCUUUAUCCCAAAACGAGAUUUCUGGCUCCAUCCCAGCAACUUUCGCGAACCUCACGAGCAUAAGAUUCCUAUAUCUUCACUUGAACAAGCUGUCAGGUCCUUUGCCACGAGAAUUCGCUAAUUUUACAUACUUAACAAAUAUCGAUUUGACAAACAACUCUCUGUCAGGGGAACUGCCCUCUAACAUUUGCAAAGGUGGGAAUCUUCAAAGGAUUGCCGUUAGCAACAACAUGUUCACAGGCCCAAUUCCUAGAAGCCUUGAAACAUGUAGGAGCCUGAAAUUUCUUUUCCUUAGUUCCAACAAAAUGACAGGAGAUAUAUCAUCUUUCGGGCCAUACCCACGACUUAUCAAAGCAAAAUUGGAUAGAAACAACUUUUCCGGAUAUUUGUCCAAAACCUGGGCUUCAAACAUCAAUUUGACCUUUUUUGCUAUGGAAGAAAACAUGAUAGCCGGAAGCUUGCCUCCCGAGUUUUCAAACCUUGAAAAAUUGGAGGUACUUACCGUACAUGCCAACAACCUAAUUGGCAGUAUACCAAAAGAAUUAAGCAAUCUUGCCAACCUGUACUUGCUCAACUUGUCACACAACAAACUUUCAGGCACUAUACCACCUGAAUUUGGUCAGUUGAAAAAUUUACAAUACCUCGAUAUAUCUGCAAAUAAAUUGAGUGGACCAAUACCACAAGAGCUUGGGAGUUGUACUAUGCUAAUAUCCUUAAGGAUUAACAACAAUAACUUGAGUGGACCUCUGCCGACGACUAUUGGUAGUCUGGGAGGGCUACAGAUUGUGUUGGAUGUAAGCAGCAACAAACUCAUGGGCAACCUACCUGCAGAACUUGGGAACUUGGUGAUGUUGGAGGUCCUAAACCUUUCCCACAAUCAGUUCAGUGGAAGCAUUCCUUCCUCCAUUGGUAGCAUGGCUAGUCUGUCAACACUUGAUGUGUCAUACAACAACUUGGAAGGGCCUCUUCCAAUAGGACAUCUAUUCCACAAUGCCUCAGCAAAAUGGUUCCUCCACAACAAAGGACUCUGUGGUAAUAUCUCAGGCCUGCCCACAUGCUCUUCAACUCCAAUAAAGGAAAAUCACAAAGCUAGAAUUCACCACAUGGUCCUAGUUGCUUUUAUUCCAGUGUGCAUAGUUAUUAUUCUCUCAAUUGUUGUGUUAGUUAUGAUCCUUUGCGAAAGGAAAAGACCACAAAUUACAACAGUUACAGAUACAAGAGAUGUUCUCUCGGUGUGGAACUUUGAUGGGAAACUCGUAUUUGAGGACAUCACUAGGGUCACAGAAAAUUUCAGUGAUAGGUACAUCAUUGGAUCAGGGGGGUAUGGCACAGUCUACAAGGCACAGCUUGAAGGAGGGAGAUCAGUUGCAGUGAAAAAGCUUCACCCAACUGAAGAAGGGAUUCAUGAUGAGAAGAGAUUCCUUAGUGAAAUUGAAGUGCUGACAAAGAUACGACAUAGAAGCAUAGUCAAGCUGUAUGGAUUUUGCUCCCAUCCAAGUUGUCAGUUGCUUUAUUUUGAUGCAGAGCUUUCUUACACAUCAGUGGUGACUACAAAAUGUGAUGUGUAUAGUUUUGGUGUCGUUGCACUAGAGAUUGUGAUGGGGAGAUACCCUAGAGAGCUACAGUCCAUUGCUUCCAUGGAACAGCAUCAUGAAAUUGCAAUAGAGGAUAUGUUGGACCAACGCUUGUCAUCACCAACAAUGGUCGAGAAGAAAGAAAUUUCUUUGCUUGUUGAAGUUGCAUUUGCUUGCCUGCAAACUUCUCCUCAGUUCAGGCCAGAAAUGCAGGAUGUCUAUCAGAAAUUGGCUCCCCACAAACGACCUUCUGUCUCACCUUCUCAUGCAGCACAUACACGUGAAGAAACAAUCGAUGGAUAA